AAUCGUCUCCGCUUCUUCUCUUCUCUUCUCUCCCAAUCCCGACCCGCACCCGGCGGAAUCUCGCGGCACGCAGGUCAAACCCCGCCACCCGCACCCAUCUCGCUCUCGCGGGCCCGGAUCGGGCCAGAUUCUAGGCUUCGCGGGCCAGGGACCGAGCUGCCGGCCGGCGGCGGCGGCGCCGGAGCAAGAUGGACGGGUUCUUGCACAGGGUCAAGGGGCUGGACGCCUUCCCCAAGGUCAACGAGGACUUCUACAAGCGGACGCUCUCCGGCGGCGUCGUCACGCUCGUGUCCGCCCUCAUCAUGAUGCUCCUCUUCAUCUCCGAGACCAAGUCGUAUUUUUAUUCAGCAACAGAGACUAAGUUAGUGGUAGACACAUCAAGAGGAGAAAGGCUAAGAGUAAAUUUUGAUAUUUCUUUCCCAAGUAUUCCUUGCACCCUUCUCAGUGUUGAUACAAGGGAUAUUAGUGGUGAGCAGCACCAGGACAUUCGGCAUGACAUUGAAAAGAAAAGGUUAGAUUCACAUGGUAAUGUUAUCGAAUCAAGAAAAGAAGGCAUUGGUGGAGCAAAGAUUGAGAGACCAUUGCAAAAACACGGAGGAAGGCUUGACAAAGGCGAGGAAUAUUGUGGCACAUGUUAUGGUGCAGAGGAGUCGGAUGAACAAUGCUGUAAUUCGUGUGAAGAAGUUAGGGAGGCCUACAAGAAGAAAGGGUGGGCUCUUACAAAUCCUGAUCUAAUUGACCAGUGCGCUAGAGAGGACUUUGUUGAAAGAGUUAAAACUCAACAUGGUGAAGGCUGCAGUGUCCAUGGCUUUCUAGAUGUCAGUAAAGUUGCCGGAAAUUUCCAUUUUGCACCAGGCAGAGGAUAUUAUGAAUCAAACGUAGAGGUGCCUGAACUGUCCCUGGAAGCGGGUUUUAAUAUUACUCACAAAAUAAACAAACUGUCCUUUGGGACAGAAUUCCCUGGUGUUGUCAAUCCACUUGAUGGUGCUCAGUGGACACAGCCGGCAUCAGAUGGGACAUACCAAUACUUUAUAAAAGUUGUCCCUACAAUUUACACCGACAUAAGAGGGCGAAAGAUUGAUUCAAACCAAUUCUCAGUGACGGAGCACUUUAGAGAUGGAAAUGUUCAUCCGAGACCUCAACCUGGAGUAUUUUUCUUCUAUGAUUUCUCGCCUAUAAAGGUGAUAUUCACAGAAGAAAAUAGAUCGUUCCUCCACUACUUGACAAACCUGUGUGCUAUAGUGGGAGGGAUCUUCACUGUCUCUGGCAUCAUUGACUCGUUCAUAUACCAUGGACAAAAGGCACUCAAGAAGAAAAUGGAGAUAGGCAAGUACAGAUAAUUUUCUGAAACCUGAGCCGCACCUCACAUUUUCCAAGUUUUGUGGCUUGUAACGAGGUGGAUCCGGUAUACGCUCUCUAGAGGAGACACUGAGAUUGCAAGCCCAUCAAAAGUUGCACAUUAGUCGAUCAAAAGUUGUAAAAAGACAGAAUAGGGGCAAGUGCUUUGAUGUCCAUCAGUAGCGUGUAGUUGAACGGCCUGAACUGGGGCAAUGCUGUACUUGGAAGUCAGUAGAUCACAGAAAUGUUCUUUUGCUAA